UACAUUUUAUUAUUGCAGUAGUGUUCCAUGAUCCUUCGAGCUGCAUAGUUCAAUAAAAUGGUGGAAUUCAGUAAAUUACCUCCCAAAUUGAAAUCGUCGAUACUAAUGCAUAUUUCAGGGUUAUUGCUCUGUCUGUCAGUGUUUUCAUACAUGGUUUUCACUUUUGUAUCGUGUCGUUAUAACCGGUUGACGUACGAUGUGGUGCCCGUAGACCCUUAUGAGGCGCAUUUCAAUACAUACCUGAAAAGUUUCGGUAAGCAAUAUCAAGUAGAAGAGUAUCGUCGAAGAUUGAACAAUUUUAAGCGAUCGUCGAGUGAGAUAGAAAGAUUGAAUAGUUAUCACGAUGAGCCAAUCUUCGGCUGGACCAAGUUCAGUGACAUGACUCCUGAAGAGUUCGACCAUAAGAUGCUGUUACCUGCCGGAUCUAUGGGCGGUGAAUGUAAAGAUGUGAAGCUGUCUUGCGACCAUAACAAAGCUAAUACGGUUGAAGAACAGAAAAGUAAAAAUAUUCCUAUACCAGAUAUAUUUGAUUGGCGUGAUGACAAAGUAGUGGGCCCAGUGUUGGACCAGGGCAUGUGUCUGUCCUGCUGGGCGUUCAGCGUGGUGGGGGUGAUGGAGUCCAUGCUGGUUAUCAGCAACCUGACUCAUUCCUACCAGCGGCUUAGCAUUCAGGAGUUGGUGGACUGCUCGACCUACACCAGCCAGUGCCGUGCAGGCAAUGUAGUGAAAGUUCUCAAGUAUCUAUGCAACGAGCCUCUAGCCAUCAUUCCUGAGGCCCAAUAUCCUCUCACCAAUAAGGACGAGGACUGCAAAAUUCAUGAAAAAUCUUAUUCUGGAAUCUCCGUCUCUAAUAUGGUUUCCAUAUGCGACAUGGAUGCUAAGGAGAUCGCGAGGCUGGUCGCGACCCAUGGCCCGGUGGUUACGGUAGUGCAGGCCUAUGUUUGGCAGAACUACCUUAAUGGCGUCAUCCGGUUUCAUUGCAGUGGUAAUUGGGAUUUGAUCAAGCACGUGGUGCAGAUAGUAGGGUACGACAUGACUGCCGAGGUUCCCUACUUCAUAUUACGCAACUCCUGGGGCGCAGACUUCGGCGACAAGGGCUAUGUAAAAGUGGCUAUGGACGGCUUCGUCUGCGGCGUCGGCAGGCAAAUAUCCUAUUUCGACGUCACUAAGAUAAAAAUUUCUGACAGAAAAUGAAUUUAACCGUUAAAAAAGUAGCUUUUUCCUUUGCUUAAUGUAGGCACUAGUUUGAGAGCUGUUGCUAUAAUAAGUGUUCAAGUAUCAGUCAUUCCCGCUUCCUACCCUUUCCUGUCACCCGAGGGCGCUCAUUCAUUCAUCGAACACGCUCACUCAAAUUUCCGAAUCAUUCAUUCUCUUCUUGCUUCCACUACCGUGCGUGAGAGUGCCGGCCGACCAUCAAAAUUCAUUAUCAUCUUAAAAGUGCACACAGCCAUCUGAAUCGUCUCCGAAGGCCCUCGUCGAGCGACAGUGUCCCCGGGGAUAUAAAUCUCCGUUUUGCAGCGCAUCUGUAAGUUUUUCCCACCUUCCCUCUGUUACUUGUCUGUAGGAUAUUUUUGAAUAAUCGCCCUUUUCGCUCAAACAACCAACGCGACCUAUGUUUAGUACAUCACUGGAGCUAUCGAAGCUAUCUCCACAACACAAACAAUAAGAUUAAGUUUGCCGCAUUCAGCAUAAUAAUUGGACAAUAAAUAAUCGUGAUAAGCAUAAUAAUAUUUUAUUUUACUUAAGCGACCGCAAGCGAGAAAUUGUAUAAAAAUAGAGUAUUGUGCGUGAUAGCCCCUCGGAGAACGCGUGACAUCGUAGUGUUAGGUACAGUCAUGAGCAAUAUAAUGUACCCACUUAAGGACUCUAUCGCACUAACAUAUUUGACAUUUAAUGAGAAUUACAGUUCAAUUUGUCAAAAAACUUAAUGUCACAUGGUACCAAAGUGUAUACAUAUUAAUGCUCGUGACCGUAUGUGCGAUGGGCUAGUGGGUAUCCUGUUAUAAUACAAGCUGGUAAAUCAACGUAUACAAGUCAUAAAAUAAAACUACCUACCUAAAUAUCAUUAAUCAAUAAUUUAAUAAUAUCGGAUUUGAUCAUUUUUGUAUGUAGAUAUGCUUAUUUAUAAGUAAAUAUGACAAAGUUAAUACAAUGGAUUUUAAAACAUAAGAUAAUCAUCGUAAAUAAUUAAUUACAUAAAAUAAUAUAAGUAGGUACGAAGGUAAUGGAUUGAAACUUUUUACAAUACAAUAUGCAUAGGUCAGAGGUAUAAUAUAGAACGUGUGCAUGCACUGAUUGA